AUGUCAGAACAAUAAAGCUUAAAGGAUGAUAGGAACCUGCCAUUAGCAACUGCUAAAGUAGUUCCUAGAGGAUCAAAAGACAUUUCAAAUGCUAUUGGAGAUCGUAGAUCUUCAUAUAAUAUUGAAGGUUACGAUCGCGUUAUUGCAUAUGAGUAAUAGAGCAUCUUAUAAUAAGAAUAACUUAAUAAUACCAUCAAGGAAUCCCAUUAAUAGAUAAAGCAGUGAUUGCAUUAGUUGUAAUAUUCACUCUCUUAGUCUUCAUAAACUUUUCAUUUACAUGUAACAAAUUGUAGAAAAAAUAGCUAAUGAUGCUAAAGAGGAUCCCAAUAUAGAUAAGACACUAUUUGUGACUAAAAUAAUAGAACUAGUCAUACUAAUUCUUUUUGUUUUGGAAAUAUCUAUAAGAAGCUAUACAAAUGGUUUUAUUGUAUUUAAUUUCAUGUGAGCUUAGGUUUAUUUUUCAGAUUGUUGGUCAUUUUUUGAUGCAUUAAUAAUAAUUGCAUCUAUUGUCUUAAUAAUAUUGGAUUUGAAUUUAUAAGGAGAUGCAUUUAUAACUAUAAGUAAAGUGUUAAGAGGUAUCUUUAGAUUUUUAAGAUUGUUUUUGGUAUUUCGAAAAGUAAAUAUCUUAAAUAUAUAUAAAUAGUAUAAUCAAGUGAAAAAAAUUAAUAAUUCAGGUUCAAGAUAUACAGUAAGAUCACCAGUUGAAAAAGUGAUAGAAAUUAUGCGUGAUCUUUCUGAUCAAUUUGAAGAUCCAGAAAUUAUAAAAUAAUUAAAUUGGGGAAUUACUCAUAUUUCAAAUAAUACUGUUUAUGAACCAAUAAUAGAAGGUCGUAAAAGUGAAGCAUUAGGUUGGUUAAAUCAACCUUAAAAUUAAUAAAUUAUAUCUUAAGAUUCUAAACGUUCAAUUUCUACAGAUAUUAUCUUUUCAAAUGAAACAAACUUACCUGAAUCUUUAAGACAAGAUUUCUCAUAGAAUAUAUUAAAAUUAGAUUAUGAUUAUUUCUCUUUAUUUGAAAAGUAUGAUAGUUCAAUCUUAACUUAUUUGAUGUGCUAUUACUUUGAGAAAGAACAAUUAUUUAGUAAUUUAAAAAUCUCUCCUGAUUCUUUUAAAAAAUGUGUUGAUCAAUUAGGAUCUAGUUAUCAUAGAGAAAACUUAUAUCAUAAUAUAAUUCAUGCUUUUGAUGUUACUCACACAGUAUAUUUUUUUAUUGAAAAAUGCAAUUUUAAAGAAAUUGGAAAAUUGACAAAACUGGAUUAUUCAAUAUUAUUACUUUCAGCUGCUGCUCAUGAUGUUGAUCAUCCAGGAUUGAAUAAUAUAUUUUUAAACAAUACUAGACAUGAAUUGGCAAUGACUUACAAUGAUAAAUCUUCACUUGAAUAACAUCAUGCUGCAACCCUAUUUAAAUAUAUUAGAGAUACUGAACUUCUUAUAAAUUUCUCAUUAUAAGAUUUUAAAUAUUUUAGAGAAAAAUCUAUAAGUAUGAUUUUGAGUACAGAUAAUGCAAUGCAUGGCAAAGGUAUUUCUUAAAAAGAUUAUUAGAUUAUAAUAGAUUAAAAGCAAGAUUAGCAUCUAAUGAUUUUGAUCCAGGUAGUAAAGAUAAAGGUAUUUGUUUUGAUACUUUGCUACAUGCAGCAGAUAUCAGCAAUCCAUUUAAACCAAUGAAAAAUUAUGAGAAAUGGACUUUCAGAGUAUUAGGUGAAUUUUGGCAAUAAGGUGAUAAGGAAAAAGAUUUGGGACUUCCUAUUACUAUGUUAUGUGAUAGAAGAACAACUAAUGUGGCUAAGAGUUAGAUCGGAUUUAUAGAUUUUAUGGUAAUCUACUUAUAAUAUAUAUUUUAGGUAUUACCUUACUAUAAUACACUUCAAUAAAUUCUUCCCUAAUUAGCUGAGUUUAUGGAAUAGAUUUCAGAAAAUAAAAGAUUUUGGGCUGAAUAAAUUGAGCACUAUUAAAUGUUACUCAAUACAUAAUGA